CCCGUUUCCCAGAAUGCUUAGCGCGGCUGAGCAGGGAAGAUGGCGGACGUCAUGGAGGAGUACGAAAAAGAAGCUGGCUGCGUCCCUAUCCUCCAUCCGGAGGAAAUCAAACCCCAGAGUCACUACAACCACGGCUACACGGAAAAUGUCCCCCGCAAAAAUCACGUGGACGACUACAGCACCUGGGACAUUGUUAAAGCCACACAGUACGGCAUCUUCGAGCGGUGCCGGGAGCUGGUGGAGGCCGGGUUCGACGUCCGGCAGCCAGACAAAGAAAAUGUGACACUCCUCCACUGGGCUGCCAUCAACAACAGGAUAGACUUGGUCAAGUACUACAUAUCAAAGGGAGCCAUAGUGGACCAGCUGGGCGGAGACCUCAACUCCACACCUCUGCACUGGGCCACCAGACAAGGCCACCUAGCCAUGGUGGUGCAGCUUAUAAAGUACGGCUCCGACCCGUCUUUAAUCGAUGGCGAAGGAUGCAGCUGCGUACACCUGGCCGCCCAGUUCGGCCACACCUCCAUUGUUGCCUACCUUAUCGCCAAGGGACAGGAUGUCGACAUGAUGGAUCAGAAUGGCAUGACUCCUCUUAUGUGGGCAGCCUACAGGACACACAGUGUGGAUCCCACCCGUCUGCUUCUCACCUUCAACGUGUCUGUAAACCUGGGCGACAAAUACCACAAGAACACGGCGCUGCACUGGGCCGUGCUGGCGGGCAACACCACGGUCAUCAGCCUGCUGCUGGACGCCAGCGCCAACGUGGAUGCUCAGAACAUCAAGGGUGAAACGCCGCUUGACCUGGCCAAGCAAAGGAAGAAUGUUUGGAUGAUAAAUCACUUGCAGGAAGUGCGACAAGCAAAAGGUUAUGACAGCCCAUCGUACCUGAAGAGACUCAAGAUGGACAAGGAGUUCAGACAAAAGGUGAUGCUGGGAACACCCUUUUUGGUCAUCUGGCUGGUGGGUUUCAUCGCCAACCUGGACAUUGACUCCUGGCUCAUCAAGGGUGUCAUGUACGUCGGCGUUUGGGUGGCCGUGCAAUUCCUCUCGAAGGCUUUCUUCGACCACUCCAUGCACAGUGCCCUGCCGCUGGGAAUCUACCUGGCCACCAAGUUUUGGAUGUACACCACGUGGUUCUACUGGUUCUGGAAUGAUCUUCCGUUCGCUACGGUGCACAUGCCCUUCCUCCUCAACACUGUGGCUCUCUUCUACAACUUCGGAAAAUCAUGGAAGUCUGAUCCGGGGAUCAUCAAAGCCUCGGAGGAGCAGAAAAAAAAGACUAUUGUGGAGCUGGCAGAGACCGGCAGCCUGGAUCUCAGCAUCUUCUGCAGUACCUGCUUGAUACGGAAGCCCAUAAGGUCCAAACACUGUGCCGUGUGCAACCGUUGUAUCGCCAAGUUUGACCACCACUGCCCCUGGGUGGGAAACUGUGUGGGAAGUGGGAACCACCGCUACUUCAUGGGCUACUUGUUCUUCCUGCUGUGCAUGAUCUGCUGGAUGAUCUACGGCUGCAUCUCCUACUGGAGGAUCCACUGCGCCAGCAGCUACGCCAAGGACGGCUUCUGGUUCUACCUGACCCAGAUCGCCUCCUGCUCGCCCUGGAUGUUCUGGAUGUUCCUCAACAGCAUCUUCCACUUCCUGUGGGUGGCCGUGCUCAUCAUGUGCCAGCUCUACCAGAUCGCCGCUCUUGGGAUCACCACCAAUGAGAGGAUGAACGCUCGGCGCUACAAGCACUUUAAAGUCACGGCCACCUCCAUCGAGAGCCCCUUCAACCACGGCUGCGUCCGAAACCUCAUCGAUUUCUUCGAGAUGCGUUGCUGCGGCCUGAUGCGGCCCGUGGCCGUGGACUGGACCAGCCAGUACACAAUAGACUACGAGCAGACGUCCGGCUCGGGGUACCAGCUGGUGUGAAAGCCCCGCCCCCCCCCCCCCCCCCCCCCCCCAACCCCCUGGACCACCACGAGCCGGGAUCAGCAUGCCCCCGCCCACCCCGGACGGCGUGUCGCCACGACAGGAAAUAAAAAAACGUGACGCCGCCCCUUUUUUAUCCUUUCAUCUCCAGGAUUUCUUUUCCAAAACGGAAGGUUUGUUUGUUUUUAUUUUGCAAAGAAGGCAAGUUCCAUGUGGGAGAACUCCCACUCCCCCACUGACUUUGUAUUCCUUUUGGGGGCUUGUCCGGGAGACUGACAUAUUUAUUUCAUAUUUAUAUCAUUUUAGCAUUUUUUUUUUAAAUAUAUAUAUAUAUAUAAAUAUAUAUAUAUGACUGAGGCGCUAUUAAAGUAGUGGUGUAUUUAUUAUUAGAAAAUGAAAAGGUUCAUUCCACGUUGUCGUCUGCCUACGGCCUUGCACUGAAUUAUUUUGCCUGUUUCCACACAAACAGUGUAAAGAAUGUACAUAAUCCGGACUGGGCUUUUUUUUUUUUUUUCGUGGGUGUUGCCGUUUAGUUUGGACUCCAAGUAGCUCGUGGUGGCGUCCAGCAGCGUCCUCCACUGCAUGUACUAAGCUCCGCCCCCUCCCAUGUAUAGAAUGACUCUUAGCGUGUAUUUGUACCUCCUUCAAUCCAGUGUCCGUGCAAGUGUGUAAUAUAUUUCAUGCUUUUUUUAUUUGAAAUGUGCUAUAUAUAUAUAUAUAUAUGUAUAUAUAUAUAUAUAUAUAUAUAUAUACAUACAUACAGGGGGGGCAAAAAAGUAUUUAGUCAGCCACCGAUUGUGCAAGUUCUCCCACUUAAUAUGAUGACAGAGGUGUGUAAUUUUCAUCAUAGGUACACUUCAACUGUGAGAGACAGAAUGUGGGAAAAAAAAUCAUUGUAGGAAUUUUAAAGAACUUAUUUGUAAAUUAUGGUGUAAAAUAAGUAUUUGGUCACUUCAAACAAAGAAGAUCUCUGGCUCUCACAGACCUGUAACUUCUUCUUUAAGAAGCUCUUCUGUCCUCCACUCGUUACCUGUAUUAAUGGAACCUGUUUGAACUCGUUAUCUGUAUAAAAGACACCUGUCCACAGCCUCAAACAGUCAGACUCCAAACUCCACUAUGGCCAAGACCAAAGAGCUUUCGAAGGACACCAGGAAAAGAAUUGUAGACCUGCACCAGACUGGGAAGAGUGAAUCUACAAUAGGCGAGCAGCUUGGUGUGAAAAAAUCAACUGUGGGAGCGAUUAUCAGAAAAUGGAAGACAUACAAGACCACUGAUAAUCUCCCUCGAUCUGGGGCUCCACGGAACAUCUCAUUCCAUGGGGUUAAAGUGAUCAUGAGAACAGUGAGCAAAAAUCCCAGAACCAAACGGGGGGACCUGGUGAAUGACCUGCAGAGAGCUGGGACCAAAGUAACAAAGGUUACCAUCAGUAACACACUACGCCAACAGGGAAUCAAAUCCUGCAGUGCCAGACGUGUCCCCCUGCUUAAGCCAGCGCAUGUCCAGGUCCGUCUGAAGUUUGUCAGAGAGAAAUGGGAGAAUGUCAUGUGGUCAGAUGAAACCAAAAUAGAACUUUUUGGUAUAAACUCAACUCGUCAUGUUUGGAGGAAGAAGAAUACUGAGUUGCAUCCCAAGAACACCACACCUACUGUGAAACAUGGGGGUAAAAACAUCAUGCUUUGGGGCUGUUUUUCUGCUAAGGGGACAGGACGAUUGAUCCGUGUUAAGGAAAGAAUGACCGGGGCCAUGUAUCGUGAGAUUUUGAGCCAAAACCUCCAUCCAUCAGUGAGAGCUUUUAAUGAUUGACCAAAUACUUAUUUUCCACCAUAAUUUACAAAUACAUUUUUAAAAAUUCCUACAAUGUGAAUUCCUGGAUUUUUUUUUCACAUUCUGUCUCUCACAGUUGAAGUGUACCUAUGAUGAAAAUUACAGACCUCUGUCAUCAUUUUAAGUGGGAGAACUUGCACAAUCGGUGGCUGACUAAAUACUUUUUUGCACCACUGUAUAUAUACAUGUAUAUAUAUAUAGCACUACAAUAUACAUACUGUAUAUAUAUAUGAAAGGCUGGGUUUGUUAUACCACUGGAUGUACAAAUUGUAAAGCAAUUUUCUUUUGUAAAAGCAGAAAAGUGGUCAUCAUGAUUUCGUCCGCCGCGUUCUCCCAGCAUCAUUUCCAGUGCCUCUCCACGGCUUCACAUGUACAACGUCGACAACGGCAUGACUCACUUGUCAGAAUAAAAAAAAAAAGGCAAUUGUCAACAGGAGGAGGUUUUAAUUUGAAGGGGAGAGAGAGGCGGGUCACUGGGCGUGCACCAGGGCGCCGGCUCCUUGGCCGUAGCCGAAACCUUUGGGGCCGAAGUUCUUGGCGUAGCAAGCUGGGGAGGACGGAGAGGAGAUGUCACACGGUAUCACUUUGAGGAUCAACACAUGUAUCACUUUUGAACCUUCAUAAAAGUGUUGUGGACAGGAAGUGGAGGACGAGUCAUCACAACACAUUUAUAAAGUUGGCAUAAAUGAAUAAUGUUUUUUUUUUAUGUUUCAUUUGUAAUUUAUUGUUUGUCAUUGUAUUUUUAUAAAGCAUACAUAUUUGUUUUGUUAACUUUCUAUUAUGUUGUCAUUUUUAAAGUGUGUCAUGUUUCAAACUUAUAAAUAAUAAAUGUUAUUUCUUAGCUAGCAUCCUA